GACACAGAGAGAAAGAGAGAGGGAAAGCCGGUCUGCGGAGAUUCGGAGUUGCUUUGCUUUCCUGAUUCCUCCAACAGGACUUUUCCCCCCCCUCCUCCAGACAUUGGGCAUUGACAUUACUACAGACAAGCCGGUUAGAGAAGAAAACGCCAUAUCCCGAGUGUCAGGAGGGGGUGGGGAGGGGUGGCGAAGAAGAUUUGGUGUGUGUGUUUCUUUUUUCUUUUUUUUCCCCCCCGCUUUUUUUUUUUUUGUCUUUUCUCCUUUUAAAAUUCUUGCUGUGUUGGAACUAGCGAGCAGUCUAAAGCAAGGAAGUCUCGAAAGCCUCAUCAUUCAUCAGCACUGUCAGGAAUAGUGGUUUAAGAGGAAGAAAGGCCUGGGGCACUACACCCUGUCAACGAGUUCCCUGCAUCGGAGAUAAAGAUUCCAGCUACAUGGGCAAACGCUUGGAACAGCAACCAAUGUACCCCCAGUACACUUACUACUACCCUCAUUAUCUCCAAACCAAGCAGUCCUAUGCACCAGCUCCCCAUCCCAUGGCUCCUCCCAGCCCCAGCACAAACAGCAGCAGCAACAACAGCAGCAACAACAGCAGCGGAGAACAGUUGAGUAAAACCAACUUGUACAUUCGAGGCCUUCCACCCGGCACCACGGACCAGGACCUUAUCAAGCUGUGCCAGCCGUAUGGGAAAAUUGUAUCCACAAAGGCAAUUCUUGACAAAAACACGAAUCAGUGCAAGGGUUAUGGUUUUGUGGAUUUUGACAGUCCAGCAGCAGCACAGAAAGCAGUAGCAUCGCUGAAAGCAAAUGGCGUGCAAGCCCAGAUGGCGAAGCAACAAGAACAAGAUCCCACAAAUCUGUACAUCUCAAACUUACCCAUUUCUAUGGAUGAGCAAGAGCUGGAGAACAUGCUGAAACCCUUUGGACACGUCAUUUCCACCAGAAUAUUGAGAGAUGCUAAUGGAGUCAGCAGAGGAGUUGGCUUCGCCAGGAUGGAGUCUACAGAAAAAUGUGAAGUAGUAAUUCAGCAUUUUAAUGGAAAAUAUCUGAAAACACCACCAGGCGUUCCAGCCCCCACUGAGCCUUUGCUGUGCAAAUUCGCUGAUGGAGGGCAAAAGAAGCGACAGAAUCAAAGCAAAUAUACACAGAAUGGAAGGCCGUGGCCAAGGGAAGGAGAGGCCGGCAUGGCUUUGACCUAUGACCCUACAGCUGCUAUACAGAAUGGAUUUUAUUCUUCACCGUACAGUAUUGCAACAAACCGCAUGAUUCCACAGACAUCUAUCACGCCAUUCAUUGCUGCUUCCCCUGUCUCUACAUAUCAGGUCCAGAGCACUUCAUGGAUGCCUCAUCCACCAUAUGUUAUGCAACCAACAGGUGCUGUGAUAACGCCAACAAUGGACCACACUAUGUCAGUGCAGCCAGCAAGUAUGAUGGGCCCCCUGACACAACAGAUGAAUCACCUUUCCUUGGGCACAACAGGAACGUAUAUGACUGCUGCUGCGCCUAUGCAAGGGACCUACAUUCCCCAGUACACUCCUGUGCCUCCAGCAGCUGUUCCUAUUGAAGGUGUUGUUGCUGAUACCUCUCCCCAGGCAGUAGCACCUUCAUCACAGGAAGCCAGUGGUCAACAGCAACAAAUGGCAGUGGAAACAUCUAGUGAGCACGCGCCUGCAUACUCCUACCAACAGUCUAAACAAUAAACAGGACUGAAGAAUGUCGGUCUGAAAACUUUGCCUUGAACGGAGAAACUUCACUGAACAAGAAGUUGGCUUCCAGUUUGCACAGGCGUCAACCGAAUGCUUUUUUUUCUUUUCAUUUUCUACUUUACCCAACGAAAACAAAGUGUUUUUAUGUGCUGUGCAAAAGGUUCCUUCAUGUAGUCUGACAGUUUUAUUUUUGCUAUAAUUUUUUUUAAUUAAAGAAAAAACCCAGAGGAAAAAAAAAACACUGGGGGUUGACAUUUCAUCUGGAUGAACAUUUGAAUUCAGAAUUUACCUGGAGGUGUAGAUAGAUUUUUUUUUCUUUUCUUUUGAAAACAGCAAACCUGAUGAUGUCAAGAGGGAGCGAGCCGAGAUGAAAACUAAUUGUCUUCCUCAAUAAUUAAGCUCUUUCUCUUUUUUUUUUCUUGUUUAAAUCUAGUGGGUUGGUUUUUUAUUAUUUUUCUUAGAAAUGUUUAGGUAAGGUUUAUCUCGAAUCUUAAUUGCCUUAAUUUUAAGGACGUCAAAGGCUCUCGGGGCAAGCUGUCAACGUCUUGUUAGAAAACCAAGAAGGAAUGGAAAUAUUGCUUAGUGCCAGUUUCAACUGGCACCGAAGUUUAAUAGACUAUGAGUUUUUAGAGUGAAAAAAUAAACUGUACAGUUUAAAAGAAAAUGCUUUUCUUCUUUUGAAGAAAAUUUGUUGAUAAAGAAACUGUGGCAACUUCAAGAAUUGGAAAAUGCUGGGACUUUGAUGAACUUUGUCUUAAAUGUUGACAGAAAUCAUUCUAGAAGGCUAAAGCAUUUUACAGUAAAGUUAUUGACAUUGGGAAAAAACUGCAUUAUGAAUAAUGCGGGGUUUUGGGGCAGAAUGCAGAUUUUUUUUUAUUUACAAAGCGUGAUCGCUAGCAAAAACAUUAGUGCUUUUUAUCUGCCGUCUUUUUUAUGAGCUUUAAGAAGUUUUUAGUCUGCUUUGCUUGUCACAUUGCAAAACCUAGCUUAAGAGCAUUAAAAAAAACCAAGUAGAUAGGAGCUUAUGGUCAAAAAAGUGCAAAAAAAAAAGCAAUAGAUAGAAGAAAUUGUUGACAAUUUCUGUAGUCUUUCCUAGUUGUGAUCAAAUGCAGCCUAUGGAUGGCCUAUUUUAUACCAAAGAUGAAGUGACACCCUAACGCAGUCCAGAAGAUAGAGGUUUUUGUUUUUUGAGUUUGUUUGUUUUUUUCGUUGUUUUUUAAAAUCUUUAUUUGACCGACAUGGCCGGACCAGUUCUUACUUUCUUGUUUGUUUAAACUAUCUUCCACUGGUGUUUUACAUACUACAAGUGUUUCUAAAGAAAAGCGCAUUUUAGUUGGUCCUAGGAGCCUGUACCUGCUGUGUUAAACAGAGAAUUGCAGUGUGAAGAGGUUUGAGUACCAACUCGUAGCCAGAUGGGCUUUCAUUUCUCUGUUAUUUUCUCUGUCGCAAUGUCUGAUCCCUUGCAUGGUGAAACCUAUCUAGGGAAGUCCUUGUAUUGGAAAGACACCAGCCUCAAAGGCGGAAAUGUCUUAGAACAGAUUUUAGGUUAUUUGCUAGAAAGAAUUUGUCUUCGAAGCCACCUGUCCAACAGGCUGCAGUUGUGAGGAAGAGCAGAUGGAAUCCUUUAAGCAGGUUUCCCCGUGUCUGUAACUACAGUCUUCCUUCUGAAUCUCGCCACAUUGUGGGUUCAACUCUUCUCCUCGGUGUUUGCCGUCCUCCAGCAUGACUAGCCACCCUGAAUCAUCAACGCUGAGUUUUUGCCCCCUGCAUCUUUGUUGCCUUGAGAUUCCAGAGAGAGCAAAUGUGUGCAAGUUUCCCGACUUAAGUCUCUUCGGCAAGUAGGAAAAUCAAGAAUGACUCCUCUCCGGUGCAAUUUUUGGUACGCUUUCAAUAUGCUGGUUGACAAUCAUGAUUUAGUGUGAUGAAGGGGGAAGAGAUGGAUUCUGCCGCACUUUAGGGUGCACCAGUAAAGCCAAAGGAAUGGUGCUUGCAUUUGCUUGCUGAAGGAUCGGGACAAAACCGAAUGAAAUGAUACAGUUUUACAUGUUUAUAUCAAGAAGUCAUGGGGAGAAAUUGUGAUCUUUUCUCCAAAAGCAAAGUCAGUUGUUGAAGGGUGCUCAGUAGGAGAAUUGUUUUUUGACCGAAGCAUGGAUCCAAGAAAAAAAGACAACGAAUUGCAACAAAAGAAAAAUAGGAAAUGUGAAACAGGGUAAUCCUUUUUUAAAACGAAUGUUAAAUCUUAUUCCCAUUACAGAAGCCUGUUUCCAAGGCCCCAGUUCCAAACCCGAUCUCAAAUCCCACAGAUUAAAAUCCAACGGAAUUUUUUUUUAGUUUUAUAGUGACAGUGUAGCUAAUCUCGAUUUCAAACUAGAGAAGGGUGCCCAAGCCAAUGGCUGCUAUGUAUGCAACACGCAAAACCAACAGAGGAAUCAAAUCUCAGCUGGUGACUCGCACAGCAAUGAUUUCCCACUUUUCAGAUAGAACUUUAUAUUUUCACUUGACUCAUCUCCUUCCCUGUUAUUAUUUGCAUUUAAUGAAUGCCGCUUUGGUUCUAGCAUUGAAGAGGGUGUGCCCCAAUUGGUGGGGUACAGAAAAAAUUCAAGCUAGCCUUAUUUUCUUCCUCUUUUCACUCUCUGAACUCUUUGUAUAAAUAGGGAUUGUCCCUGGGCAUAAUUCAGUUGAAUAUGAAAUAAACCCAUUUUGUUCUGUAUCUGUAUAAAUACUAAUGUGACACAAAGAAAAGUCUCAUUCCCUAUCGACAAUGAGGCUACGUGAGGUAGCUACCAUGUGGCUGAUGAAUAUGCUGAGGUAACUUCCUGUUUCUAUUCAAAACUCUGCUGCUUUAUUUAUGCAUUCAAAUACCUUUUUUUAAUUUUUAUUUUCAUCUACAAAAGAAAAAGAAUCUCAACGUUUUUAUUAAGCCAGUUCAGGCAAACGGAGAUCACUCUGUCUAUCAUUUUAACUGUCUGUGUGCAUUUUUUUGUGAGCAUUGUCUAAAUCGUGCCAUACUGUGAAGUAUCUCACUUUAAACCAAAAAGAAAAAGAGGAAAACAAAAGAUCCCUCCGCCCUGCCGGAAUUACCUUUUCCCUGUCAACCCGCUUAUCUGUGAGUAGGUCCUUACCUCUCACCCCAGAAAAACUCCAGGUUCCCAACGUAGGUGAUGCUGAGGAAAGAAGUGUUCUUCUUUGACUCAAGAGAAGGAAACUGCCCCCAUCUCCCACCCCUAUUGUGGCCCCGAUCCCAUCCAGCAGCGAUGUUAGCACAAUGCAGGAGCCCCAUUCUGGGCACAAAUCAAAGCCAAUUUCUUUGAGGCUCGGGGUGGUCAGGUUGAUGAGGGUUUGUUCGUGUGUUUCUAUGCUUUGUCGUGCUGUAAGUAGCAAGGCCUGACGGUUCCUGGCAAAGUCUUAAGGCUUUGGGGCCUGACCUAACCAUCAGGAAACAAACUCAAAUCCUUGUACUGAACUGCGGAAACACUUUCCAUCACAUCCAAAUCUUGUAUAUAAUUGAAGAACUAGGAACGGGUGUUAUUUUCAAAUAUGGCAGGCGAGGUCAGGAAAAAUGGGCGCCCUAACCGGGGCCUUUCCUUAAAAAGUCAAGAUGAUGACAAACAGUGAGAAGCCAAACAACAUGCCACAGAGUCCCUCGCACGACAUCCCUAUACCUGUUUAGGCCCAUGCCAGUCUUACCUAGGAGCCUCGAGGAUUCUCUUGCCUAUCCGACUCCAGUUUGGCCAGCUCUUCCUAAUUUAUCUCGACUAUUGGCUGCCAUCUUCCGUAGAACAGACUUGCUUUGUCCGUAGCAGAGAGUGGCCCGUUUUGAACAGACUCCAUUUUAUUAAAUGGCGCCUGCUUUCAUGGUAUCUUCGUGGUCGCCAAGGGACUUGAGCUGUCUAUUUCUGAUAGUUCAUAAAGCUAAUGUAACAUAAAACUAGAAGCAUAUUAGAACAAUUUUGUCAUGUUCUGAUGUGGGUGCAUGCACAACUGUGGAAAGUAAGAGUUGGUGAUCAGUUGAGAAGCAUUUUGAAGUGGGCUUGUGUUAAAUGGGUUUUUACAUGACUGAAAAUCAAAUAGAAGGGUAUUAUUUAUGUAUUUGUGUGUACCAAAAUUCAGCAAAUUUGAGGAAGCCUGCAUUGUAAUAAAGUUUAUUUUUAAUAUGUCAUAGUA